AUGUGGAUUUGCAGCGUUGAGUGUUGUCAGAACGCAUCAGUGCGGGUUACUGGCGAUUGUUUUAUUUGCGGGCGGCACCUCUGCUACAAGCACGUGGCGCCGACAUUUCAUACUUGUCCAGACCUCGACGACGAGAAAGACUACUAUCCAGCGUACAUGCAAGCAGAUCAGAAAGAGAUUGAGAUGAUCAGCAAGAAGAUCAAUUACGCCGCACUCGAAUCUCAUGCUAGAGAUCUUCGACUGGGCAUAUCUUGCCACGCUAUCACCCUCCCUUUGGACCGCAAGACACAAUACGAGGUCAUUGGUGGCAUGAACGUGCACAUCAAGGUCCAAUUUGAAGACGGUGUUACUUGGUUGGCCCGUAUUAGACGCACAAACGCUACUUCUCCACCUCCAGUCGUACGCGACUACAUCUUCCGCAGCGAGAUUGCUACUCUCCGUUUCCUGGAGAAACUCAACAUACCUUCUCCCAGAAUACAUGGGUAUGCUUUGGAGGGAGAUGUUGGUAAUGAAGUCGGUGUGGGAUACAUGUUCAUCGAAGAGCUGCCUGGAACACCACUCUGCUGGGGUGAUCUAACGCACGGACAGACGCGUAAGAUCGUUGCUCAAAUGGCCGACAUGGCGAUUGAAGUCUCCAAACAUCCAAUGGAUAGCAUUGGUGCUCUCCAUCUACCAUCUCCAGGGACCAUUGGUCCCAUCGCACGAGAAGAACUCUGCGAUCUCGUUAACGGAAACUUACGAACCCUGGGUCCGUUUACCAGUAUGCAAGACUACUGGGCCACGUACCUUCAAUCCAUUCUGGCUCAGAUCUUGGAUCGUCAACUUUACACCCUCCACCCUAUCGACGCCUACCUCAUUCACAGAUUCCUUCUCGAUCUGGUUCCCCAAGUCUGGACAGCAGAAAAGGAGCCCUGCUACCUCAAGCACGCAGACGACAAAGGCAGUCACAUCCUCAUCGAUGCUUCCGCCAACAUCACAGGAAUCAUAGAUUGGGAAUGGGCACUUUUCGCUCCUGCAAGCUUUGCCCUCAACAGUCCUAAAGCACUCUUCCACAUACAAGACUUCUUCGCUGGUGAAACCGCGUUGUCCAGCUCUGAAUCUUAUUUUGUAGAGUGCUUGGAGGGUGAGGGGAGAGCUGAUUUGGCAAAGGUAGUUAGAGAGGGGAAACAGAGCCUUUUCUUCGACUUUUGCUGUGCGUUCGAUGGGAGGACUGAUUGGGAGGGUUGGAUGGGUGUAUUCAAGGGGCUGAGGAAGUGUGUUGGUGUCGAUGAUGGCUUAAACUGGGAUGAGUGGAAGCAGAUUACUUUGAAGAGGUAUGAGAAUGAUGAUGGGGUGAAGCAGUUGCUGGCGAGGGGAGCUCUGACCGAUUGA